UCUUAUCUAAAUGGUCGAUAACAAACAAAUAUCUAUACCUUAUGUAAAAGAUAGAGAAUCACAUAAUCCUAUCAACAUGUUUGCACUCAGUAUCUCAGUCAUAUUACUUACUAUUACAUUCAUAACUUUUUCAGUAAGAAAUUCGAAACAACCAAAUAAGAUAUUUAAUGUUUAUAGUCAACCGGGAAGAUGGUUUACGUUGAAGUAUUAUGUAUUAAGGUGCACACUAAUGCUGAGAAGACUAAAAUAUUACUUUAUGGACAAGAGCAACUUUUUUCAGCCAAAACAGUUAGAGCAGUUACAACCACUGUCAGAACACGAAUUGGCGUUUGAUGCAGUGUUUUUUCAUUUUGUUUCACAAGAUGGAAUAUAUUAUUGUUCAGGCAUUGAGAGGCGUCAAGAGGGAAAAUGUUCAGGCCUGAUAUACUUGGUGUUACCAGAAUAUGGAGUUUUUUGCAACGAAAAAAUGCCCAGCACUAUUCUCGACGCAGAUCCAGAAUCUUUGUUUUCAAUGGAAUAUUUUGGAGCAGAGGGAAUUUCCUUUAAGCCUUUAGAGCCAAUGAAGAAGUGGCAUGUAUCCUAUAAAGGAAAAAUGAAGCAAGAAUCAAAUCCUCAAAAUAUCCUUGAUGUAGAGCUAGAAGGAAUCUGGUACAGUGAUUAUCCUUGGAUACUUUUUGAAGUAGAUUCUCCAGCUCACGUAUUAGCUACUUCUUUCGCUUUAGAGGAGUGGUCUAAAAAGUAUUUUCAGAAACUAAAAGAGACACAUCAAAGUCAUUACGAGCAAAUGGGGUUUUUCAGCGGUAAACUCAAAGUCAAUGGAAAAUAUUAUGAAUUGGAUAAUUUGGAUGCUUUCAGAGACCACAGCUUUGGUCACAAAAGAGACUGGACCAUAAUGCAUCGUUACAUUUACCACAUGUUCUACCUGAAGGAUGGAACAAAGAUAUCAGUAGGUGUGAUAUCGCAGCCUUGUACUUCUUCUAAUCUGAUGGUAGGAUAUGUAGCUCACCCCAAUAAAAAGGUGGACAUGAUUGACGACUGCGAUUUGAAACUCUAUCAGCAUGGCGAGAAUGGAACUUUACCAACUGAACUCUGCUUCACGGUGACAGCCAACCACAAGACGUAUGAGCUCCAAGUGAAGUACUUAUUGGAAUCCAUUCAUUACAAAGGACGUGCUAGAGAAGCCAAAAUGCACGAAAGGUUUCAUAAAUGUAUUGUUAAUGGAGUCUCUGGUAGGGGCAUUUCUGAAUGGCAUUACAAUAAUAAGCAAUAAACUAUAAAAUAACGGGGUCUGUUUA